AUGGCAGACGAUCAAUUCUUCAACAACAUCUCUCUACUUGAUCGCAGUGGCACUAAUACAGGGCUCUUUGAGGUUCAUUCAGGGUGUUUACUAUGGAAGAAACAAGGGGGUAGUAAAUCUGUGGAAGUGGACAUUGCUGAUAUAGUGCGUAUAACCUGGAUGAAGGUUCCAAGAAGCAACCAGCUUGGUGUGCAGGUUAAUAAUGGCGUUAAAUACAAGUUUGAUGGUUUCCGUGACCAGGACGUAUCUAGCCUGAUCAAUUUUUUCCAGAACUCAUGUAGCAUAACAGCAGAAGAGAAGCAACUUUCUGUUAGUGGGAAGAACUGGGGAGAAUUUGAUAUAAAUGGCAACAUGCUUUCCUUUCUUGUUGGUUCAAAGCAAGCCUUUGAAGUAUCUUUAGCUGACGUUUCCCAGACACAGAUUCAAGGGAAGGACGAUGUUGUCUUGGAGUUCCGUAAGGAUGACAUUACUGGUGCAAAUGAGACAGAUUCAUUGGUUGAGAUGAGUUUUCACAUACCCAGUUCCAACACUCAGUUUGUCGGGGAUAAAAACAACUCUCCUGCACAGGUAUUCCUAAAGAAUAUACAGUCAAUGGCAGUUGUUGGGGUUGGAGGCGAGGAAGCCUUCGUCACAUUUGACACCGUCACAAUUCUUACUCCAAGGGGUCGAUACGAUGUUGAACUCCACCUUUCUUUUUUGCGGCUGCAAGGCCAAGCCAAUGACUUCAAAAUUCAUUACAGCAGUAUAGUUCGUGUUUUCAUCUUGCCUAAGUGUAACACACCCCAUACAUUUGUUGUCAUUACUCUAGAUCCUCCUAUUCGUAAAGGUCAAACUCUAUAUCCACAUAUUGUGAUCCAGUUUGAAACAGAUUAUGUGGUGGAAAGCAAGUUGGCGUUGAAUGAGGACCUGUAUUCUUCCAAAUACAAAGACAAGUUAGGACCAUAUUAUAAGGGUCUUAUUCCUGAAGUUUUCACUGUCAUCUUGCAUGGCUUGUCUAGUAGAAAACUCACCAGGCCUGGGAAGUUCCGUAGUUGUCAGGAUGGCUUUGCUGUGAAGUCAUCGCUAAAAGCAGAAUACGGUCUCCUUUAUCCUCUUGAAAAGUGCUUUUUCUUCUUGCCGAAACCUCCUACUCUUAUUCUUCAUGAUGAGAUUGAAUACAUACAGUUUGAGAGACAUGUUGCUGGAGGAUCAAACAUGCAUUACUUUGAUCUUCUUAUUAGACUCAAGAUGAAGCAAGAGCAUCUUUUCCGCAGCAUCCAGAGUAACGAAUAUCAUAACCUUUUUGAUUUUAUCAGUUCAAAAGGUCUAAAAAUCAUGAACUUGGGAGGUGGCCAAGCUACAGGUGGUGUUGUAGCUGCUCAACAGGAUGAGGUGAAUGAAGCUGAUGGAGAAGAGAGUGAUGAGGAGAAAGAAGCCAAAGCAUCUUUGAGUAGGAAGGGUAAAGAGAAGAAGAAAGAGGAUCCAAAGGAAACAAUGAGUGGUUUCAUGUUCUUCACACAUCUUGAAAGAGAGAAUGUGAAGAAACACAGCCCUGGGAUUACAAUUAAAAAUCUUGCUCGCAUUCUUGGAGAUCGAUGGGAUAAAUUGUCAGCCGAAGAGAAGGCGUCAUACGGAGUAAGGGCGUGGGAGUGGGAGUGUGAGAAUGAGAAUAAAAAUCAAAGCAGCAGCGGCAGGUCUAGUGACUAA